AAUAGAAACUAGACUUCCCCUUCCAAGGCUAGAUGAACACGUUACUCUCCUUGCAGCCGCCAUUGCCGUCUAAGGCGCUUUUGGUCCCCGCUAACCAGAGCCCAAGCUACUUCCGCUUCCGGCUGCAGCCAGCCGGCGAAAGUGCGCGGCGGCGGCAGGCGGCGGCGUCCGUGCGGAGCAGAGCGGCGCGUAGCUGUGGGAGUGUCUCCAGCGAAUCUGCAGGGUCUCCAUCAUGCAAACCUGGUCUUGUUUCCCAAUUGAGGCCAAGGCCAGAGCCAAAGGGAGCAGAAUGCAGGAUUCUCCACGCCACAGGUACAGACUGGGAAUCCCAGCUUAAGGCCAGAGAGGCAGCCACCCUGCAGGACAGUUUGGAAGGAGCGUUGUCCAGUGCCGUGCCGUGCCGUGCCGUGCCGUGCCGUGCCGAUGGGGAUGAAGGCGGCCGUGCAGAUUCAGAGGGUGGUGGCGCAGACACCUGCACCGGACCUUCCCGACACGCAGCUCUGCCUGCUCAGGAUCCCGUCUGGCUCCAGGAGGACAGCAUGGAGGAGGAAGCCAUGGUUUCAGGGUUGCUGACUCCCUGUUCGCAGGUCACCUUUGCGGAUGUGGCUGUGGUGUUCACCCCCGAAGAAUGGGUGUUUCUGGAUGCCGCCCAGAGAAGCCUGUACAGGGAAGUGAUGCUGGAGAACUGCAAGAACUUGGCCUCCCUUGGAGAUGAGCUCUGCAAGCUCCGUAUGCUGUUGCACCUGGAUCAAAGAGAAGAGCUGCAGACCACUGUGAGAGGGGUCUUCACAGGAUCGUGUCCAGAACCUCAGUUUCAGCCCCAGGAGUCAGUUCCCAGCCCAGAUGUUUCUGGAGGAAUUCCACCCAUGGGCAUGAAAACGGAGCUGCCUCAGCCUGGUGGAAAACCUUAUAGAUGUGAUGAACUGGAGAAACCCUUUAACAGCAUCGAACUGCCUCUUCAGUACCAAAAGAUUCAUCCUGGAGAGGCUCCUUUUGAAUGUCAAGAGAGCAGGAACUCCUUCUUCCAGAGCACUCACCUCAUCCUGCCUGAGAAAAUGCGGAGUGGGGAUAAAGCCUACGCGUGUGAUAAAUGUGACAAGUCCUUCAGGUACGGCUCCGACCUUCUCAGGCACAAGAAGACCCACACCACCGAGAAGUACUUUGAGUGUCUGGAGUGCAGGCAAGCCUUCAAAUAUUCCUCGAACCUGCGGCGACACAUGAGAACUCACACCGGAGAGAAGCCCUAUGAGUGUAGCCAGUGCGGGAAAACCUUCACGAGGAACUUCAACCUGAUCUUGCACCAGAGGAACCACACAGGAGAGAAGCCCUACGCAUGCAAGGACUGCGGGAAAGCCUUCAACCAGCCAUCCUCCCUCCGGAGCCACGUGAGGACUCACACGGGAGAGAAGCCCUUCGAGUGCAGCCAGUGUGGGAAAGCCUUCAGGGAACACUCAUCCCUCAAGACGCAUCUCCGAACCCACACUCGGGAGAAACCAUACGAGUGCAACCAGUGUGGGAGGCCAUUCCGGACGAGCACGCACCUGAAUGUGCACAAACGGAUCCACACGGGGGAGAAGCUGUACGAGUGCGGCACCUGUGGCCAGGUCCUGAGUCGCCUCUCCACCCUGAAGAGUCACAUGAGAACUCACACGGGAGAGAAGCCCUACGUGUGCCAGGAGUGUGGACGAGCCUUCAGUGAGCCCUCGUCCCUCAGGAAACACGUGAGGACGCACACAGGCAAGAAACCCUACACGUGCCAGGAGUGCGGACGGGCCUUCGGCCAGUCUUCACAUCUCAUCGUGCACGUGAGGACACACACUGCGGGGAGACCCUACCCAUGUAAUCAGUGUGACAAGGCUUUCCGGCACAGUUCAUCCCUGACCGUGCACAAGAGGGUCCACGUGGGGCGGGAGAGCCUUGGGGAGGGCGGCCUGCCUCUGUCACUUCCUCUCCCGUACUGUGGGCCCCUUGCUCAUUAACUGCUUGUGAGGAUAUAAACAUUUGGUACCAUU